GCAUCAGAAUCCUGUAACUGCGACUCCACAGAGAUUAGAAAACAGACUGUUGCUUUUUGGGCUCAUUCUCUGGGGGAGGAAUAUAUUUAAGAGUAAUGCUUGACAUUUUUAGCCGUUAGUGUUUUAUAAAUGAGUGUGAUGCUUCUCUAAAACUGUCAGCGGAGGGGAAAUGACAUGUCAACGGCUGAACUUAAUGCUGCGAGGGGCUGAAGUCGACUGAAGGAGACUGAGGAGUGAACAGCCAACUGAAGUUUAUUACUGUUUCCUCGAUAACAAAGGGGGACGCUUUUCUUCUUUUUUCGUGCUUUUAUUCGACGCCAUCGUACAGUUUAAGGUCUCGAAAGGAGUUAAAAUGCAAGACGUACUCAUCCACGGUGUUUGCAUUGUAAAAGGACAUGGAGCAAAGAGGAGGGCCGUUUGAGUAACAGUGAUUAACUUGUAUCCAGGACCUUCGCGUCAUCAAGCCGCCACCACCCCCAGAUUUGAUCAACUAAAUGUAAAGCAUCGUUUGGUUUCAAGCUACCAUGGAUAUCUUUCCCCGGCCGAGCGGUGAAAUCCAGAGGAGGAACCCUCAGCAUGACUUUGAGCUCAUUCAGAGGGUGGGAAGUGGAACAUAUGGAGACGUGUACAAGGCUCGAAACAUACAAAAUGGGGAGCUUGCUGCUGUGAAGAUCAUAAAGUUGGAACCAGGGGAUGACUUUUCCAUCAUACAGCAGGAAAUCUUCAUGGUGAAGGAAUGCAUGCACCACAAUAUUGUGGCCUACUUUGGGAGCUACCUCUGUCGAGAGAAGCUUUGGAUAUGUAUGGAGUACUGUGGUGGAGGAUCUCUGCAGGACAUUUAUCAUGUGACAGGGCCUCUCUCAGAGCUUCAGAUAGCAUAUGUCUGCAGAGAGACCAUACAGGGUUUGGGAUAUCUACACACCAAGGGCAAGAUGCACCGUGACAUCAAGGGUGCCAACAUACUUCUUACAGACAACGGAGAUGUGAAGUUAGCUGACUUUGGAGUUGCAGCCAAGAUAACAGCCACCAUUGCCAAAAGGAAGUCCUUCAUUGGAACACCAUAUUGGAUGGCUCCAGAAGUAGCAGCAGUGGAGAAGAAUGGUGGCUACAACCAGCUGUGUGAUAUCUGGGCUGUUGGCAUCACGUCCAUAGAGCUGGCCGAGCUACAGCCUCCGAUGUUUGACCUACAUCCAAUGAGGGCCUUGUUUUUGAUGUCGAAGAGCAGCUUCCAGCCUCCGAAGCUAAAAGACAAAAACAAAUGGUCCACCGCUUUCCAUAACUUUGUCAAAGUGUCUCUGACAAAGAACCCAAAGAAGAGGCCCACUGCAGAAAAACUUCUAUCGCAUGUCUAUGUGGCCCAGACGGGUUUGACACGGAGGCUCGCUGUUGAUCUCCUAGAUAAGAUGAACAACCCAGACAACCACCAGCAUUACAGUGAGGUGGAUGAUGAUGACCUUGAGCCCCUCUCUGCAGUCAGACACACCAUCCGCUCCACCAACAAACAAGCCAGAGCUGAGAGGACACGCUCAGAGAUAGACUCAAACAAUGGGACUGACCAAGGAGGGCCAUGCUCAAGUCCUAGCUUCACUGAGGGACACAGGGGGGACCCAGUCGACAAGCUCCAGUUCGAACCACCACUCCGGAAGGAGACUGAGGCUCACUCUGAAAUGGAUGUGAGUAAAGAUAAUGACUUCUCUUCCCCCUGGAGUCCCUUUGCAGAGGGAGGAAUAACAACCAGGGGACACAUCGCCCAUCUUGAAGAUGCCUUUGAAGAAGUGGAGCUGUCUACUAUCAAGCCAGGGGUUCCUCCUCCUCUGCCCCCGAAGCCACGAUUGAACAGUUCUUCAGAGGAGCUUGGCCUUAACGAUGAGCGGUCGCUGACAGUUCGUAGGUUCCCUAACUCAGAGAACGGACCGAGCCAGGUGGUUCGCAGACAGAGCACACCUGAGCACCUGGGCAAGGUGGAGCACUCGUCUCCAGAUUUCCUGUCCGUCAGCGUCAGCAGCCCCGGACUUUUGUCUCACGCCUCUGAUCCUGAUAAUGAUUCGGAUGACAGUGUGAAUGGAGGCAGUCCCAAGGCGCCACCCAACCGACAGCACCGGAAGGAGAAAAAGGAAUUCCCUAAACCAGCAAUCAACGGUCUUCCACCCACUCCUAAAGUACUGAUGGGAGCCUGUUUCUCUAAAGUGUUUGAUGGCUGUCCACUGAAGAUCAACUGUGCCACAUCAUGGAUUCAUCCAGACACCAAAGAUCAGUACCUGAUCUUUGGGACGGAGGACGGCAUCUAUACGCUGAAUCUUAAUGAGCUGCAUGAAGCCACGAUGGAGCAGCUGUUUCCGAGGAAGUGUACAUGGCUGUAUGUUAUCAACAACAACCUGAUGUCCUUAUCUGGGAAAACCUUCCAGCUGUAUUCCCAUAAUCUCAUCGGGCUGUUUGAGCAGCUGAAGAAGCCCGGCUUGGCUGCUCAGUUCCAGACUCAUCGCUUCCCAGAUAAAAUCUUACCCAGGAGGUUUGCCCUGACAACUAAGAUCCCCGACACAAAGGGCUGUCACAAGUGUUGCAUUGUGAGAAAUCCAUAUACAGGCCACAAGUACCUGUGUGGAGCGCUGCAGUCUGGGAUUGUCCUGUUGCAGUGGUAUGAGCCCAUGCAGAGGUUUAUGCUCAUCAAGCACUUUGACUUCCCCCUCCCGAGCCCACUGAAGGUGUUUGAGAUGCUGGUGGUCCCGGAGCAAGAGUAUCCUCUGGUGUGUGUGGCCAUCAGCCAGGGCAGCGAGCCGGGCCAGGUGGUCCGCUUUGAGACCAUCAAUCUCAACUCCUGCUCCUCCUGGUUCACAGAGAUGGGAACAACUCAUCAGCAGGUGGAUGCAAUCCACGUUACCCAGCUAGAAAGAGACACAGUGUUGGUGUGUUUGGACCAAAAUUUGAAGAUUGUUAAUCUCCAGGGCCGACUGAAGUCCAACAAGAAGUUGGCAUCUGAGCUCAGCUUUGACUUCUGCAUCGGAUCUGUUGUGUGCCUUCAGGACAGCGUCCUGGCCUUCUGGAAACAUGGCAUGCAGGGAAAGAGCUUCAAAUCUAAUGAGGUGACCCAGGAGAUUUGUGAUCCAAGCAGAGUCUUCCGCCUCCUUGGAUCUGACAGGGUGGUGGUUUUGCAGAGCCGACCCACCGACAACCCCACGGCCCUGAGCAACCUCUACAUCUUAGCAGGUCAUGAGAACAGUUACUGAGCCUCUCUCAGAGAAAAGUGGAUAAGAUGCCUCAAGUUUUGUUGGGAGAAAUACUCCAGACGAGUGGAACUGUCUGGUUUGUCACAGUUAUUGGGAGCUUUUGUUACUGAUCACGGAACGGACAGGUCAGUAAAAGCAGAGGAGCCUCUUCAGUCUGGAUUCAUUCAUAGCCUUACACCAGCAACACGUUCACUGUAGCUCCGCUCACCGGGAGGAAACGUCUGUUAUGAGCAGAAAGUGGAGAAACGAUAAAAAUCUCAAAUGAACAUUGUUACUUAGAAUAUUUCUCACUUCUCUGUACUGUGGACUGAGUUACAAACAAGUUAUAUAGAGGUAUUAUUGACAAAAGUGCCAUUAAAAUUCACAAGAAUUUGUGAUUGUAUUAGCAAAACGAUGGGAGAUUUAUUGUGUUAUUGUUUGUAACAUGUCGCUCAUAAUCACUGCCCGUGGCAAAUGUUUUACAAGCUCUGUAGUCAAACUAAUAGCUCAGUUUAAACAGAAACCCACGAGCAUUGUGGGUUAUUUAAGCAAUAUUUAUUAACCUCAUGUUAAGUGAUAGGGUAUGUUUGAUUUACAGACAGUGACAGCGCAGUCCUGCUGUGUGAGGAUUAACUACCUAGUGAACAGUUCCUGCGCAGCUUUGGGUUAUUUUUACUGCUAUGUAAUAUAGUUGCAUCUCUCCUGCUCUGCUGCAUUUUUAGAAGUUGGAUAUAAUGUACAUUUUUUUUCUCUACCUUCCUCUUUUAUAGACAUUUUACUUCUCAUUAUUUGCACCAUGUAAGCACUUUUGUACAUUUUUUUUAUUUAAAAUAAAAUGACAAAAUGAGGGACAAUGCUAGGUUUUGUUAACAUCUUUGCAUUCCCUUCGCAAAAUGUUUAAUGUAUGCUGUUUUUUUGUAAUAAAAAAGCUGUU